AUGAGCACAACAUCUACCAAGUCGACUACAACCACUGCGGCACAACCAAGUAGCACCAAGGCCGUGUUUGCACACUACAUGGUCGGUUCCAUGACCUCAGCAGAAGCUGUCACUGAUGUUACAAAUGCAAUGAACGCAGGGUUCGAUGGGUUCGCCCUCAACACCCACACUAUUAGCGCAUCCGAUAGUUGGAACAUCAAUGCACUCAACUAUCUAUUUGCAGCAGCUGCAGGCAAGAACUUCAAAUUAUUCAUCUCAUUUGAUAUGAGUUGGGGCUUGGAUGUCACACAGCUGGCAGCCUUUUUGGCGCCCUAUGCGAGCCAGGGCGCAUACUACAAGGUCAACGGUCAAGCCUUCGUCAGUACAUAUACCGGCGGGACAAUCUCCAAUGCACAAUGGAACUCUGGAUUUAUUCAGCCUAUGAUCUCGACCUACGGGAUCACGCCAUUCUUUGUCCCCGACUUUGACGACUUUUCCGGCUAUCCCAAUGGUGUAUUUAGCUCCUACCCGAUUCUCAGCGGUGUCUUCAGCUGGGAGAGUGCAUGGCCGGCUCCUGGUAACAGCCCCGCAAAUGUGAGCAGUCAGGUUGAUUCUGCGGCUUUGCAGCAGGCUCGUGCGGCUGGGAAAGCAUACAUGAUGCCAAUGUCCCCAUUGCAGUUCAAAUAUAUGGGCAGUGGCCAGGAUUGGUACCGGAUCGGCGAAGUGAAUCUCCCCCAGCGAAUGGCCCAAGCCUUGCAGCUGCAGCCCGAUUUCGUGGAGGUUAUUACCUGGAAUGACGCCGGAGAGAGUCACUAUGUUGGAGAUUUCUGGCAGGAACAAAUUGCAGGUAGUAAUAUUGGAGACUAUGCCAACGGAUACGACCACAAGGGCUGGCUACAGGUUAUCACGCCGUUCAUCAAGGCCUACAAGGCUGGUGCGACAAGCAUUGCUCAGAUUUUGCCACCAGCCACUAAGCCCGUUGGUGCAUUCUGGUAUCGUCCUCUGUUGACUACUGCUAGCUGCUCGUCUUCGAUUGCUAAUUACCAAUCGGCACUGGAUGCGGUGAACUUUGCUGUUAUCUUGCCCUCUACCGGGUAUACCAUUAAGGUUUAUAGCAACAGCAAAUUGAUCGGCAGUUUUGUUGGGCAGAAGGGGUUGAAUUAUAACAGUGUUUUGGGACUGGCUGUUGGGGGUGGACAGAUGAUUCAAGUUGUUGAUGGUUCCAAUAACAUUGUUGCGUCGGCGACUGGAACAAAGAAUGUUUUGGCGCAGAGCCCCAAUGCGACCUGCAACUGGAACUAUGAAGUUGUGGGGCUCUCGUGA